ACAUGAUGAGAUCUACAUCAAUAAUUGUUUUAGCACUACUCUUUGCCUAUACUGGCGCUUUGCCACAGGAUCGUAUUAUCAACGGCAAUGAUGCAGCUGUGGGACAAAUUCCUUUUCAAGUGGGUUUAACACUUAGCGACUCUUUGGAAAACUGGUGGUGUGGUGGUUCUAUUAUAAGCACAAAUUGGGUCUUAACUGCAGCUCAUUGCACAGAUGGAGCCGUUUAUGCAAUUGUUUAUUUGGGUGCCACAGAUCGUACUAAACCGGAAAAAGUUCUAUAUGUAACUAACUCCAAUUUUAUACAACACGAGGAAUACGCAAGAAAACCACAUAUUAUUAAUGAUAUAUCAUUAAUUAAAAUUCCACAAAUAACAUAUACCAAGAAUAUACAAAAAGUUGCUAUUCCGAAAAUAUCAGCAAGUUAUUCUUCAUAUGCUGGUAAUAUUGCUACUUCAUCCGGCUGGGGUAUAACCGAAGAAAAUACCAAUGUCCUACCUACAAACUUACAAUAUGUCCAUUUAAAAAUUAUAACGAACAGUUUAUGCAAUGAAACCUAUCAUUCUACCUUAGUUAACAAAGGAUCACUCUGCACUGCUACUCCGCAAGCUACUACCACAUGUGAAGGUGAUUCUGGUGGCCCGCUGGUGGAUCUUGCCUCUGGUAAACUUAUUGGUAUUAACUCAUUCGUGUCAGGAAAUGGUUGCGAAGCUGGAGAUCCUGCUGGAUUCGUUCGAGUAACAGCAUACUUGAACUGGAUUCGGCAAAAUAGUGGUGUGGUUGGAGUGUAAACGUCCAAUACAACCAGACAAUAUAGUCUUAUACAUGUAGGCAUAUAUAUCUGUAUGUGUAUGUUUGUAUGUGUAUGGAUAUAUAGAACAGCUAACUGUUAAAUAAAGUUUUGUAAUUAAUAAAUAUGUAUUUCAAAUUAAAUUACCUCUGCAGUUAAAUAAAAAUUCAA